UAUUGAUGGGUUUUCUAGGAAAAUCAUUUGGCUUAAGGCUGGCACCUCAAACCGACAGCAAACCUUCGUUGCAAGGUACUUCUUUGAUGCCAUUCAGGAACACAGUGGUUGCCCACGAUUCAUAAGGGCAGACAGAGGAAAGGAAAAUCUUCUCGUCGGACAGAUGCAAGUGGCAUUUCACUUCCGGGAGUCUGGUGAUCAAGGACAAGACUCCUUCAGAGUGGGCACAUCAGUACAUAACCAGCGAGCUGAAUGCUUCAACAGUAUGCUGAAGAAAACAUGGAUCAAAAAAUGGCAGGUGACAUUUGAGGCCAUGAUGGAAUCUGGCAUGCUCAAUUUAGACAAUCCUGUACACAUAAAUUGCCUGCAAUAUACACAGCUUCCCCUUCUUGAGAGAGAGCUGAACAUAGAGCAAAGACUGUGGGACACUCAUGACAUUCGCAAGCAAAGGAAUGCUCCAGGUCCAUUUGGGAAACCAGACCUUCUCUUUACUUCCCCACCCGAAGGCUUUGCUGAUAUGCUCUGCAAAGUAGACAACGACCUCCUGAAGUAUGCAGAACAGCUUGUUUGUGGAGUAGAUGAGCCUUUGUUGGUGGCAAAUGAAGAAUUCAGAAAAAUAUCAGAGGCUAUUCUGCAAAAUACAAACUUCCCAUCAUCACCAGAUGGGUCUUUGGCGGCUUACCUCAUGUUGGUGGAGAAAUUCACCACAGUCCUUCAAACAAGAGGCACUCCCAUUCCAUCCACAUUUGCAGAGGCAAAUGAAAUAUACCAACUGCUGGCCAAUGAGACAGGGACUUUUUAAACUGCUCAUCAACAAAAUAAAUACAUAUAAAGGGACCAAAUUAUUAAAAAAGUGCUACAAAUGAAGAUGCAAAACAUGUUUAAUGAUGUGAACAUACAUUGAAACAAAUAAUGAAACAUACCAGCAGUGUUAGACAGAGAGAGAGAGAACGGCUGUGAUUAUAAUGUUAACAUUUUACCAACAUUGGUUUUUGUACUACAAACUGAAAUGACAACUUGCACAGUCUAUGUGAUAAUCUGUAACAUUUACCAUUCGUAACCAUAACGGCUCUUUAAAUCUGGCCCCUCCACUGUUUUUAGGGACAGCACCACAGAGGAAGCUUCAGGUCUCGAUGCUACAUCAUAGUGUAACAUUGUACCAAUAAACUGGUACUUGUCGCUCAGAUGUUGUAAAGCAUGUGGUGGCACCUUUUUGGCCAUUAGACUGCACAACUCUCUUUGGUUUUUCACUGUCCAUGGCACUGAUUUCGUGAAAAUCUCCAGGUAUGUUGCUCCCAGAGACCAGAUGUCAGAACUUCUGGAAGCCUGUUCAAAUUCAACCAGACACUCUGGGGCCAUAUAAAGAAAGGUUCCACCCAUUGGCCCUAUUCCUCCUCCAGUAAGUCUGCUUCCUUGUCGUAGUACAACCGUGUCUCUGAUGUUGGCAAGGCCCCAGUCUGUCAGUACAGCCUUUUUUGAGAACUGGUCGAUC